UGCUUACUGUUACUGAUGAGGUGAUCAGCGUUCACACUCCUAUACAUUUUGCAAACAUGUGCUAGCAUAUAGUGCUAGCUACUCCAUAUUCAAAUUCUCAACCCACCGCCGCAACUAUAAAAAUCUACUCACCUACUCAAAUUACCUGCUCCCUUGUAGAACUAAUCCCAAGACCAGGGAAAUUCAUUCUUCUAUACUAUCACCAUUCACCACAUGAUCGCUAGCUGAUUUAUGCCAGAGCUCUGAUCAAGCCGAGGCACAUACCGUACCGGGUGCAGAGAGCCAGAGCGGAAAAGCAACCGAGCUAGCAUUGGCAAUGGGGUUCGGCGUGGUGUCCCUGCUCGACGCGGUGUUCUGGCGCGCGUUCACCUCCGCGGGCCUCCGCCCCGGCUCCGCCGCCGUCGACGCCGACACCACCAUCCACUUCUGGGCCCACCGCUCCCUCCUGCCUUCGACGGCGACCACCACGGAGCAGCAGCAGCAGCAGAAGCGGCCGGUGGUGGUGCUCGUCCACGGCUUCGGCCCGGGCCCCACGUGGCAGUGGGCGGCGCAGGUGGGCCCGCUGUCCCGCCACUUCGACCUGGUGGUCCCGACGCUCCUCUUCUUCGGCGCCUCCCGCACGCGCACGCCGGCCCGCUCCGAGGCCUCCCAGGCCGCCGCCGUCGCCGCGCUCCUCGCCGGCGGGCAGCACCUCCCCGGCCUCGGCCCGGGGCGCACGGUGCACGUGGUGGGCGCCAGCUACGGCGGGAUCGUGGCGUACCACCUGGCCCGCGCGCUGCUGCAGCAGCAGCAGCAGCGCCAACGAGUCGGCGGCGGCGGCGGCGGCCUGGCGCUGGGGCUCAAAGCUUCAACAUUUUUAAUGCAGAGAUCCUUGGAGGACAGAAGAGAAGAGAAGAUCGAGCUCAUUAAAGGGAUGACCACAGCGGGAGGCUCCCAACUUACUCCUCUGCCUCUGGAAGUGUUGAUCAUAUGGGGAGAGUUCGACCAGAUCUUCCCGCUGGAGAAAGCAUACGUAGUGAAAGAGAAGCUUGGGGAGAAGGCUAUGGUGAAGGUGAUUCCGAACUCGGGGCACUUGCCAGCGCAGGAGGAUCCCAAGCUCUUCAACCGCAUCCUCCUCGAGUUCCUGCUGCAGCUUUCCAACUCCAACGCCGCUGCCGCGCUAUGAAAUAGCUAGAUUUGGCUCGACGUGUGCCGGUCGGCUCGACCUUGCUUACAGUACUCCAUCCGAUAGCAGUUUUUCCUUUCCAUACAGUUACUGAAAUGGAGAAGGGGAGCUUAUGUGGCACUAUUUAGUGCUGUUAUUACGGUUU